AUGCCUCCAGACGACGCAGGCCCGCCCUCCAAGCGGCGCAAGACGUCGUCGCCGCCCCGUCCUCCCCCACACCGCCGUCGCAGCUCACCCGCGUCGCACCGCCCGUCGCACAGCCCCGAAGCUGCCCGGCCCAGGCGCAAGAACCCGCUCGAGGGCUUUGACGACGACGAGGAGCUUCCCGAGGAGCGAGAAGAGCGCGAACGCGACGCCGCUCUCCUCGCCGCGAGGGCGGGAGGCGGCGACGACGGCGACGGGCACGACGACGAGGACGAGCACUGCGCCAUCUGCCUGUCCCCGAUCGAGAACAAGACGGUCGUCUACCCGUGCCACCACGGCCAGUUCUGCUGGAACUGCAUUCGCGCAUGGACCGACCAGAGCCGCAAGUGCCCGCUCUGCCUCGGGCCCAUCGAGCACCUGAUCCACAACAUCCGCUCGCCCAAGGACUACCAGGUCCACCACCUCCUCCCGCUCCACACGCUCGUGUCGACCUCGGCCUCGGCCUCGACCAGCACCGAUCCGCUCCCGCCUCGCGGCAACCGCCCGCCGCGCGUCAACCCGGCCCUGCCGCGCCACGCGCUGUACGGCCGCAGCCGGUACUCGUCAGCGGCGAGGGUCGGCGAGGAGGAUGAGACGACGUGGCGCGAGCGGCAGACUGAGCGCGAGCUCGAGCGCAGGAGAUACAUCUACCGCGAGGACCUGUACGCCAAGCACGUCGCGAGCAACCGCUACACGGGCUUCAAGCCGUUCUCGCCGCAGACGUUCGCGAGCAACUCGGAGCUCAAGGCCAAGGUCAUCAAGUUCAUCCGCCGCGAGCUGCAAAUCUUCCCGGCCGUCGACGUGGCGUUCCUCACGACCUACCUCGUCUCGAUCGCGUCGCAGCUCGACCUGCGCUCGUCGGCCGCGAUCCGCCUCAUCUCGGACUUCCUGUCGGACCAAGACGCGCAGCACCUCGUGCACGAGAUCACGACGUUUGCGCGCUCGCCGUUCAAGUCGCUCGAGGGCUACGACCGCUUUGUCCAGUACGGCCGCCCGCACCGCGAUGUGCCCAAGGCGCGCGAGCUCGAGGAGCUCGUCCUCGAGCCCGAGGACCUGCAGCGCGACGCGCCCCGGUUCGAGGAGCACAUGCGCCGCAAGCGCGCCGAGGAAGACGCGGCCGAGCGCGCGCGACCGAGGCCGCCACCGCCCAUGGCGGCGAGCCUCCCCUCGCGGUCCACUGCGCCUACUACCGCGCGUCGUGGGAGCCAGGGCGAGGCGUUCCGCGGCGGGAGGGGCGACGGUGGGUACGGCGGCGCGCGAGCGCCUCGCGAGCGGCGCCUGAGCGGCCGCGAGCCGUCCCCUCCCGGGCACUCGCCGCCGCCGUCGUCGUCGAGGCGUCGCUCGAGCGGCGCGUACCGCCACGAGCGCAGGGCGCCGCCGUCGCCGCCGCGCGAGCCCGACUGGCGCGACCGCGACGAGCGGUACACCGGGUCGUACUACCUGUCGAGCGGGAGCCGGCGCGACGGGACCAAGGGCGCGAGGGCAUACGGCCCGCCGCCGCCAAGGUGGGCGAGGGGGCAGGAGAGGCGGUAUCGCGACGAGCGGGAGCGCGACAGGGAGAGGGAGCGCGGGCGGUCGAGGUCGAGGGACAGGCGCCGUUCGCCGUCGCCAUCCGAGCGCGGCGGCAGCCGCAGCCGCUCGUACUCGCGCUCGCCUGUCGGUUCGCGCCGCGAGCGCUCGUCGUCGCGGUCGCGCACCCUCCAGGCCGACUCGCGCUCGCGGUCCCCCUCGCGCUCUCGGCCGCCUCCCUCCUCACGCGGCCGCUCGCGCUCCCACACGCCCGUUCGCCGCACCGCCUCGCCGACACCUCCUCCCGCCCUCGACCUCGGCGCCGACCCGCACGCCUCGGCCGACGACUCGGACGCCAUCUCGCUCGUGGGCCCGUCCUUCUCGGCGGCGCCGUCACCGCGCCCGGGCACGCCGUCCGCCGCCGCUGGUGGGCCCGCACGCCCGAUGCUGAGUAUCUUUGGCGCGGCGCAGCGCCUGCUCGGCAACGGGCGCGUCGUCACCCUGACCGAGGACGGGCGCGCGAGCCUGCAAGGCGCGCCGCCGAGCGACUCGGGCUCGUCGAUGGCGGCUGCGGGCAAGGGCAAGGGCAAGGCGCGCGCCGACGCCGCCGAGCCGCCCUCGGCGCCUCUCGCGAUGCGACUGCGUCCCGCGCCGUCAGGCAAGGGCAAGGCGCCGACGUCGUCGUCGCGCGGCCAGGAGCCGUACGAUGCCAUGCCGCGCGCGAGGCCGGCCUCGCCGGCGGGCAAGACGCUCCUCGCGCGCCUCGGCAGCGCUCCUACGUCCUCGUCCGUCGUCGCCCCUGCGCCUGCGCCCGCCGCCGCCUCGAGCGCCGACGCCGGCCAGACGCUGCGCGCCAAGCUCCAGGCGCGCCUCACCGCCGAGUACCGCCAGGCGCUCGCGUCGCGCUCGGCCCCCUCGGCAGCUACGUCGUCGGCGGCGGCGUCGGGCGCCAAGAGCGCGACGGACCUGCGCGGGCUGCUCCAGGCGCGGCUCACGGCCGAGAAGGCGCUCGCGUACGAGGAGAUGACGCGGUCGAGGGCGCAGGCGUCGCUCGCUGCGCUACGCGAGCGGGGAGCUGGCGGAGAAGGCGGUACGGGGCAGACGACAACGUUCAGCCAGGCGACGAGGGAGCUGCUACUCGCGCGGCUCGAGGAGGAGAGGCUCCUCGCCGAGGAGGCCGAGGGCGCCGCUGUCGGGCUCGCCGCCGGCGGGUACGAGCUCGACUACGGCUUCGAAUACGACUACGGCCUUGACGCGGUGUCGUUCGACUCGGGUCCGUCGCUGUCGACGUCGGCCGACGCCGCUCUCGCUUCCGCCCCCUCGACCGACCCGCUCCCCCUUCCUGCCUCGCCCUCUCCUCCUCCUACCCCGGCACCCGCCCCCGCCCCCGCGCCCAAGUCCGAGACGGCGCUCAAGGCGGCCCUGCUCGAGAAGCGCAAGGCGGCGGUCGAGCUCGAGCUCGAGAAGCGCAGCGGCGAGCUCAAGGAGCGGCUCGUGCGCCAGAAGCUGCUCGCCAGGCGCAAGGCGGCGGCGGUGGCGGUGGCGUCGGGCGAGGGGUCGCCGCCGCUGCGGACGGGCGAGCGUGUGGAGGAGUCGGUGUAGCGCGAGGAGGGAGGACGAGCCGCUUGGUGGACUCUGGCGCCCGAUAGCGAGCGAGGGCCGUACGGCGUAGUGCCUCUGUCACGCAAUGAGAGAAUCGGCUACCUUGUC